CUUCUCCGACUCUCAGUCUCGAAUUCUGGUUUCUCGCAGAACUCUCUAGAGGAUAGGGUCGCGAGAGCCUUUGGGGCAGAGAGUUGCUGUCGAAGCGUCUAGAGGAUAGGGUUGUUGGCCUUCAAGUAUAGGUGGCGCUACUCGUUCUCGCUGUAGACUUGCUCGGCGAAAUUUCCUUGGUGUCAGACUCCGUAGUGGUCGUAGCGAGAGCCUCGCAGUUAGUCUUCCUUGGCGUGAGUUGGCUAGACGUUUUGAAAUUUUGUUUGUACUUCCGGGGAUUGAUAACCUCCGGCGAGGGUUUUGCUCCUGAAUUACGUGAUUGUGUGUGAGGUUUAAGCAUCAUUUUCUGAAAGGGGUUUAGACAUGGCGACCGUUAUGAACGCACAUGCUGUGUCCGCUGCUGUGGGCGCCGUCGGAGCUACUGCAGAUGCCAAGUGCGCACGGAGAAAUGGAAAGUAUAGCAUGCGUAGGAAUGCGUUCUUCGGUGGAGACGUGAAGAGCAGGGCGGGAUUUGGCGAGGGCUUGGCGAGAUUGCGAGCCAGGUCCCAGGGACAGAGUAGGAGAGCCGCAGCGCCUUUGAGAGUCGUGGCGGAGAAGGUGGUGGGUAUUGAUUUAGGUACCACCAAUUCCGCUGUAGCGGCGAUGGAAGGAGGUAAGCCUACAAUUGUUACCAACGCCGAGGGCGCUCGCACCACCCCAUCUGUCGUGGCAUACGGCAAGAAUGGUGAUAGGCUCGUGGGCCAGAUAGCCAAGCGCCAGGCUGUCGUUAAUCCUUCGAAUACUUUCUUCUCGGUGAAGAGAUUUAUUGGCCGAAAGAUGGCAGAGGUCGACGACGAGGCGAAGCAGGUGUCUUACCAAGUUAUUAGGGAUUCAAACGGCAAUGUGAAGUUGGACUGCCCGGCUAUCGGUAAGUCGUUCGCUGCGGAGGAGAUCUCCGCUCAGGUGCUGAGGAAAUUAGUGGAUGAUGCGUCCAAAUUUUUGAACGACAAGGUCACUAAAGCCGUUGUCACGGUCCCAGCCUACUUCAAUGAUGCACAAAGAACUGCCACAAAAGACGCCGGUCGAAUUGCCGGAGUAGAUGUGUUGCGGAUCAUUAAUGAGCCAACCGCGGCUUCUUUAGCUUACGGCUUCGAUAGAAAAGCCAACGAGACCAUCUUAGUAUUUGAUUUGGGAGGUGGAACAUUUGACGUCUCAGUUUUGGAAGUCGGUGAUGGAGUGUUCGAAGUUCUAUCAACUUCUGGGGAUACACAUCUCGGAGGCGAUGAUUUUGACAAGAGAAUUGUCGACUGGCUAGCUGAUGAAUUCAAGAAGACAGAGGGAGUGGACCUUUUGAAAGACAAACAAGCCUUGCAAAGGUUGACUGAGACUGCAGAGAAGGCGAAGAUGGAGUUGUCCUCUCUUUCUCAAGCUAGUAUUAGCCUGCCUUUCAUAACCGCCACGGCGGAUGGACCGAAGCACAUCGAUACCACGUUGACCAGAGCCAAAUUCGAGGAGCUGUGCUCUGACCUACUUGACAGGUGUAAGACUCCAGUAGAGAACGCCUUGAGAGAUGCUAAGUUGAGCUACAGAGAUCUGGACGAGGUUAUUCUUGUUGGAGGUUCGACAAGAAUACCAGCAGUGCAGGAGUUGGUCAAGAGAAUCACGGGAAAAGACCCCAACGUGUCUGUGAACCCUGAUGAGGUUGUCGCUCUUGGAGCCGCAGUACAGGCUGGUGUUUUGGCUGGUGAAGUCAGCGACAUUGUUCUUCUGGAUGUGACGCCUCUGUCUUUGGGUUUGGAGACGUUGGGUGGUGUGAUGACGAAGAUUAUCCCUAGGAAUACAACUUUACCAACCUCCAAGUCGGAGGUGUUCUCAACAGCUGCCGAUAAUCAGACGAGCGUGGACAUUAAUGUUCUGCAAGGAGAGCGUGAAUUUGUGAGAGACAAUAAGUCUCUUGGAAGCUUCAGGUUGGAUGGCAUUCCACCAGCUCCCCGGGGUGUACCUCAAGUGGAAGUUCGGUUCGAUAUUGAUGCCAAUGGUAUUUUGUCCGUGAGUGCCACGGAGAAGGGAACAGGGAAGAAGCAAGACAUUACUAUUACGGGAGCUAGCACACUGCCCAAGGAUGAGGUCGAGCGAAUGGUAGAAGAGGCCGAGAGAUUCGGCCAGGCUGAUAAGGAGAAGAGAGAAGCUGUUGACACGAAGAACCAAGCCGACUCCGUGGUAUACCAAACUGAGAAGCAGCUCAAAGAGCUCGCGGACAAGGUCCCAGCUGAGGUGAAGGACAAGGUGGAAGCGAAGCUGAAGGACUUGAAGGAUGCCAUUGCUAGCGACAAUACGCAAAGUAUGAAGGACGCAAUCGCAGCCUUGAACCAGGAGGUGAUGCAGUUUGGCCAAUCUCUGUACAACCAGCCCGGAGGUGCCCCCGAGGGAAGCGCCCCAGGCGCCCAGGGAAGCAGCACUGGCCCUGCUGCAGGAGGAGAUGACGUGAUUGAUGCGGACUUCACAGACAGUAAGUAGAUGAGUUCUGGUAGGUUUUUGUAGAUGAACCACGUUCCCCUUCGACCGAUAUUCUUCCCUUUCGGAUGUUUUGCUAGGUUUAAGAUGAGAGGAUGCCAUUGGCGGUCAAUGAGUCCAUGUGUCACUCGAUGAACUGAUUUCAUUCUUCGAGAGAUCAGUGUAUUUUAAAUCAUUAUUGUUUUUACGUAGGUUAGUCUUUUGCACGAGCAGAAAAAUCUUGUGCACAUGGUAGCUAGAGGCCGAUGUAACAUAGUGAAAGACCAGAAACAUUCGAGUUUCAUAAUGGUGGAUUCUCAAUUUUAACAUGUAAUCAAGCUCGUUCUACGAUAACUGUUGUCAA